AUAUUUUUAGUUUAUACAGUUAAUACUGUACUAUACGAUGAUUGGGUACAUUACUAAAAGAAAUUUUCUGUUAUCGUCGGUUUCAUUGCUAACAUCGCUGUCUGUAUAUACUAAGCGUCGACAACUACUGGCCAAACAGUCGCCGCCACCGCCGCCGCCGCAAAUGAUUUGGCAAUCGGGUCGGCAAAUGUUUAACCACCGAAAUAAUGCCAUUACUAAUAAUACUAAUACUAAUAACCUAUGGAUUAGAGACGCCCACAUGUUUGACGUGGACAUUGAAAACUUGAAAAACACCUACAAAUAUAAUGUAGUUAUUUUGGUUGGUUUCAGCUAUACGGACAACUCGUUUCAGUCGACCGGAACGGGUGUCAUAGUGGACGUCGACGAAAAUAUAGUCGUCACCAAUGCUCACGUAGUGGCCGGCUAUUACUAUAUGCAUGCCUAUACAAAAUUCCCGUCACCGACCAUACAAUUGCCGGAACAAACGCGAAUCGAAAAAACCAAUAUAUUGGUAGCCCAUGUAUUAUAUAUUGAGGAGCACCUGGAUCUGGCACUGGUAAAGCUAGUCGAAAUGGACUUAACUGGCAUACCGUUACCAUUUAUGCAGCUGUCGGAUCGUCCGUACGUACUGGGUGAACAGGUAGCUUUCUUGGGUCACGGUGAUGGACAGUUAUGGACAAUCUAUGUCGGCUAUAUAACAGCAAACACACCGUUUGAUACGAUAUGGGAAACACAUUUUAUACCACUGGCCAGUCAGUAUGAUAAGUCCGAAUCGUUUUGUUUGCAUCAAUCAAAUAUAAUAACCGGAACGUCCGGUUCGCCAAUGGUUGACUCAAACUUUGAAAUUAUUGGCAUUAAUUUUGCAACAUUACAAUUGUCUAACAGUCCCAGUACUGCCACACAUAGUAAAACUGUAAACGACUUUAUUGAAAGAGCCGGCGAAUUCAUUGAGUCAGAUGAACGACGUGACCAACAAUUAGAUCAAUUGAAACAACAAUUUCAUCCAAAAUCAGACAACCAAUUGGGUAUUGUUUUAGUUAAAAAUAUUAUUGAUAAUAUCACUACUGGUUUUAUGGUCACCGAUAUCAUCGACAAUCGCACGACUGAACUGGUUAUCAAUGAUUUGAUACUUGAAAUCAAUGGCCAACCGUUUACCGAUAUUAGCCAAUUGACUGAAUUGACUAUCGCUAGUUUUGGUAUCGAUAUUGAAUUGAAGAUCAAUCGUAACAGUAAUAUAAUGACAGUUAUUGCCAAUAGUUUUCAAUACGAUAUUAUACCACUAGUCGUAUAA